UCUCCUGUUGUCUUCUCCGGUCCCGCCCAUUCCCAUUCUCUCCCCUCAAAUUUCUCCUCUUCCCAAAAUGCCCCCGCGGCGAAACCCCUCCUCCUCUCGGAUCCUCGUCGAACGAGACUCCGAGUCCGAACCCGAGUCCGAGUCCGAACCCGAAGAAGCAGUCCCAAGCGAAGAGGAAGAGGAAGAGGAAGAAGAGGAGAGCAAGAAGGUCGAAGAGAGAGAAGAGGCUCAGAACGAUGGAAAGAAGAAAGUUCCGAUCACUAUCAGCCUCAAAAAAGUUUGCAAGGUUUGUAAAGGGACGGGGCAUCAAGCAGGAUUUAGUGGCGCUACUUACAUUGAUUGCCCGAAAAAACCUUGCUUUCUCUGCAAAAAGCCAGGCCAUACAACAAUGUCUUGUCCGCAUCGAGUAGCAAUGGAGCAUGGGGUCAUUCCUGCCCCGAGAAGGAACAAUCAGACGUCAAUGGAUUUCGUAUUUGAGCGGCAGAUAAAAGCCACGGUUCAAAAGAUAAAGCCCGCCUUUGUGAUUCCAAAUCAAGUGGAUUGUGGGAUCAUCAGACUCCAUUCUAGGCGCGUAACUAGUUUGGAGUUUCAUCCCACUAAGAAUACAGUUCUUUUAUCAGGAGAUAAGAAAGGGCAACUUGCUGUGUGGGAUUAUGGCAAAUUACAUGAAAAGACAGUAUAUGGAUCCAUUCACUCUUGCAUAGUUAACAAUAUCAAAUUUAAUUCGACUAAUGAUGGAACAUUCUAUACAUCAUCAUCUGAUGGGACCAUUUGUUGCACUGACUUGGAGACCGGAAUACCACAUACUUUGAUGGAUUGUAAUCCAAAUGGAUGGAAUGGUCCAGCAACUUGGCGAAUGCUGUAUGGUAUGGAUAUUAACUCAGAUAAAGGCCUUUUGCUAGUGGCAGAUAAUUUUGGAUACGUAUACUUGUUGGAUGGACGUUCAAAGAUGAGAACGGGAGAACCAAUUCUAAUGCAUAAAAAGGGUAGCAAAGUGGUUGGGCUUCAUUGUAAUCCCCUUCAGCCAGAUGUUCUUCUAAGUUGUGGAAAUGAUCAUUUUGUGAGUUCAUUCAUCAAUUUGUUUAAUCCAGGAUUUUCUCAUUGCCUUGCGGAGCUUUCACGUUCAACAAAGGAACUUGACGAUUGA